GGUUUAAAUACCGAAGCAGUCUCGAGCAAAGAAGGCAAUAUCAGAUGUCAGGAGAGCGAUAGAGAAGAUGUUUGACCUGAAGACUGUCAUGUAAGGGACUAACACCGCACAGGACCAUUUAGAGGAACAUUUGGAUGGCGGAAAGAUUCCGGAGCGAAGAGCGCCAUCAAUAAAUAAUUUACAGACCAUGAACUAUGUGGGUCAGUUGGCGGGCCAGGUGUUUGUGCAGGUCAAGGAGCUGUACAGGGGACUCAACCCUGCAACACUGUCUGGAUGUAUAGAUGUCAUCGUGGUGCGUCAGCCAGAUGGCUCUCUACAGUGCUCCCCCUUCCACGUCCGCUUCGGCAAGAUGGGCGUGCUGCGGUCCCGUGAGAAAGUGGUGGACAUAGAGAUUAAUGGCGAGCCGGUGAGUUUGCACAUGAAGCUGGGAGAGAAUGGAGAGGCCUUCUUUGUCAAAGAGACUGAGAACACAAUGGAAAUUGUCCCAUCUUACCUGGCGACGUCACCCAUCAUGUCAACAGGGGCGGAGUUAAUGGAGUCGCAGCUUGGCAGGGGCAGCUCCCGUCAUCAUGACACCCUCCCCUGCAGCUCACUUCCUGUUCAGAGCCUGGGACCACAGCAAAGUGAUGGUGGGAUGAUCAAGAAGAGGAGGAAGAGGAGGAGGAAGGCACGGCCAGAGGCAGGCGGCGGAGGAGGAGGAGGGAGGAGAGAGGAGAGCGGAGAGGAGUUCUCAGAGGAUGAAGACAUGUUUUCUAUUGACUUGAGCUCAGAUGAGGAGAGAGAGGGUGACAGCAGCAGAGCUGUGUACGGUGAUCAGGGGUCGACAGCCAACAUGCACACACACCCCAGCACUGAUUGGCCCCGUUUACAGAGCCAUGUGAUUAAGGAGACUCUGUCUCUCUCUACACCCUGUGGUCUGUCCAUCUCUUGUCCUCAGCAGACUUCUCACUUCCCCUCUGCUGUUAGCAGUCUGGAUGAUUCACGGUCAUCAACGCCAAAGAGUGACUCAGAGCUGUCCAAUCAGAACAAAGACAAUCCUGAGAUGUUGUGGACUUGGGGAGAGCUGCCACAGGCUGCCCAGCCGUCCUUCCUGACCUCCCACCAGAAGCAGGACCCUGUCCCAGCAGUCUCCGUCCCGGUGUCUGCCAGCACUCACUUCAGAGCCAUCAAUGACUCUGAACCCCCCUCCCUCACUGUCUAUGCUCCCCAGCUAGGGGAGACCGCUGCUCACAGUGGGGACAAGGACACUGAAGAAAGCAAAAAUGGAGCCAGGGUCGAACUAACCACAAAGACUGGGGACAGGGCUGCAGGGAGAGAGGUAGAAAGUGUUGGGCCAGCAUGUGAAGAGAUGGAGGGUUUAACAGCCUGCUCAGCAUCUCCCAGGAUUCUCCUUGAUCACAUUGACGAAGGUGGAAAUAGAGGAAGUCCUGUCAGGAGAACUGAUUCACCAUCUAAGAAGAAAGAGAAGAGGAGCCAACACCUUGGUGCUGAUGGCGUAUACCUGGAUGACAUCACAGAGCUUGAGCCUGAAGUAGCUGCUCUCUACUUUCCUAAAAGUGAUGGAGGCAGUAGCUCAAUGAAAGCUGACUCCGAUAUGUUGAUGAUGGGAGCGCGGAGUGCUAAUCAGUCCCCGCAGUCUGUGAGCAGCAGUGGUAUGGACAGCGGUGUGGACAGUUUGUCUGACCACGUGGGGGACCUGCCUCAUGUGGCCAUCUCUUUGUGCGGUGGACUCACUGACAACAGGGAGAUCACAAGAGAGCAGUUCCAGGAGAGGGCAAUUUCCUACCAGCAGUUCUCUGAAAACCCCUCUAUAAUCGAUGACCCUAACCUGGUGGUAAAGAUAGGAAACAAGUACUACAACUGGAGCACAGCAGCUCCUGUCAUGUUGGCCAUGCAGGUGUACCAGAAACCACUGCCGCAGGCCUCAGUGGAGAACAUUAUGAAGGAGAAGAUGCCAAAGAAAGGAGGACGCUGGUGGUUCUCAUGGAGGAGUCGGAACAGCGACUCUAAAUCAGAAUCAGUGACAGAUGCAGGAGGUGACAGUGGAGAGAGCUCACUCACUAUGUCCCCAGUGAACAGGAUGAAAGAUGAGUCAUCGUCUAGUGAUGAGGACCACAGAUCGCCCAAUCAGGCAACAGGAUCCUGCCAGUCAGAGCUCCUCAUGAGCUCUGGCAGUGUCUAUUACAAGAAGACUCUUCGGCUUACCUCAGAGCAACUGGCUAGCCUGCAGCUGAUGGAGGGUCCUAAUGAAGUGGUGUUCAGCGUGACCACUCAGUAUCAGGGCACCUGUCGCUGCCAUGGCACAAUCUAUCUUUGGAGCUGGGAUGACAAGAUAGUCAUCUCCGAUAUAGAUGGAACCAUCACCAGGUCAGACACCCUGGGUCACAUCCUUCCCACACUGGGUAAAGACUGGACCCACCAGGGUAUCGCACGACUCUACCACAAAGUCAGCCAGAAUGGAUAUAAAUUCAUGUAUUGCUCAGCGAGGGCCAUUGGCAUGGCAGAUAUGACGCGAGGCUACCUGCACUGGGUCAAUGAGAGGGGAACCAUGCUGCCAAUGGGCCCCGUGCUGCUUAGCCCCAGCAGUCUUUUUUCUGCAUUGCACAGGGAGGUGAUUGAAAAGAAACCAGAGAAGUUUAAGAUUGAGUGUCUCACAGACAUAAAGCACCUUUUCUACCCGAACACUGAACCUUUCUACGCUGCUUUUGGCAACAGAGCUACGGAUGUGUAUUCCUAUAAGGAGGUGGGUGUUCCUCUGAACAGAAUUUUCACCGUCAAUCCCAAGGGGGAGCUGGUACAAGAGCAUGCCAAAACCAACAUCUCCUCUUAUGGGCGCCUGUGCGAUAUGGUCGACCAUGUCUUCCCGGUCCAAGCUCGAGAGGAAGGAGCAGACUUCCCCUGCUCUGACACCUUUGGCCAGUGCAGUUACUGGAGCAAACAACUUCCUGAUGGCACCAACCAGGAAGAAGAAGAGCCACAGCCACUUGAGACAAGUUGAGGAAACCCUAUUAAAUUCGGCAUUGAGGAUAUUGCAUUCCAGCUUUUCUCCACAUUUCAGUCAGGCUAGACGUUGUGGUGAUUGAGAUUCAUCGUGAAGCUGGCAGCCCAAAUUCAGAGUGAAUAUGUUGAUAAUUUUAGAAUCAAAAAUUGAUCCGAGAACUGCACUUGAUGAAUGAAGCUCUGUGGCUCCUCCAAGGCUCACAGAUGUUACUUUAGUAACUGCAACUACUGAUUCAAUGUAAGUGAAUGUGUUUUCAAUAAUAUUCCACAUAAACUAACCGCCUUGCCAUAAUUAAACAGUAAGAACAGCAGACCUAUAGGGUCAUUACAUAUAAGACUGCAGGGUAAAAAACAAAAGGAAAAAAAAACAUGAAUGUUUUAAAGAGCAUAAAAUCCCUGAUGAGUGCUCAACACAGGGUCAAACGCACAUAUCACACAUUUGCAACUGCACUGACACACACACAAACGCACUCACAUAAGUAAAACUUGUAAAGGCAUUCCAUAGAUAAUGCACAGCAUUGCAGUAUAUGAGUAUAUCAUCCUUCACUGCAAGAUUUUCAGCUCCUUCAGAGAUUCCUUUGACUGGGUACCACCCUCUCCUCCAUCACCACUCUUCAUUUACACUGGUGGAUAGCAAAGGUAAAACAGAUACUUCUUAUGACUCAAGCUAACUCAACUUUAUUUAUAUAGCACCAUUUAUACAAACAUGCAGCCCAAAGUGGCUUACAUAGCAAAAUUAAAAUUAAGAACUAUACAUAAAGUUUUGCAAGACUAGAAAAUAACAAUAAAACAAUAAAACAAUAUAUAAAAACACAAAAAGGCCCUAAUCAAAACAAACAUACAAACAAAAAAGAUAAUUAAAUGUCUAUAGAAUAGGAUAAUAAAUUACAAGUAAAAUGCAGGGAUACAAUAUGGUGAAACCCAACCAUUAAAGGUUAAAAUUAAGAUUGUGAUGUUACUCCAUAUUAAAAAGCCUGAUUUUAAAAAAAAAAGUCUUUAAUUUGCUUUUAAAAAUACAAGAGAGCUGCCAUUCUUAUAUUGCAAGACAGUGAGUUCCACAGUUUAGGACCAUAAAUACAGCCUUCAAUUCAGCCUGCAUCAUUCAUUUUAUGGUUUUGUUUUUUGUUUUAUUACAAAAGAAUGCUGCCUUUUUUUUUUACCAGUCAUAUGUUCUAUAUUACCAAAUAGUAAGAAGAGAACCAUAAUCUUGUUUGGGGUUUUACCUAGUCCACAUAUGUGGCAGCACUAAUCUUCUCUGGCUUCCACAGCAGUAGAUAAGGCACUUUGCUCCAUAAAUGCCACAUUUCGUUACAUCACAUCACCUUACAUUACAUUUUAUUACUGUAAAAGCAUCCAGAACAUGCAAAAAUAGCACAGAUAGUUUAUCUAGUCAACUUUCUGUGCCAAACUCCUUUGCAGGUCCAACUAAAUGUAUGUGGUCUCUAGACCGUGCAACUGUGAAAGAUUUGUGUUCAGUGACAAAACUCAAGAUACAUGCAGGACAAUGCAAACAACUUCAGUCUGUGUUCUUUCUGUUUUUAUAUAAGUUAACACCAGUGAUAUGCUAGAAUGUAGUUUAUAAAUCACUCAGAGUGUACAGUGUGUUAUUAUAAUGACUAAUGCUCAUCAAUGCAAUGCAACAGGACUAAGGUCAUAUAUUUUUAGUUUUGUAAAGUUGUUACUGCACAGAUAAGUAUACUGUUAUAUACAGCACUAAUCU